AUGUCAUUACCGGCAUCUUUUUCCAAAAACGUGGAGAAAAAAAGAGAAAAAGUCUUUGUUGAAGAGGAUACUUCUCCAUCAUAUUCAGAUCUCGAAAUUGCAGAGGCCAAAGAUACGAACGAUUCAAAGACCAGGAUCUCAAAAUUUCUAAAAGGUCUUGAGCUUAAGACUUCAAAUAAUUCUAGAGGUUCAAAUGUCGAUUUAGAUCCUGUCGUUUUGUCAAAGAGGACAUGGAAAAGUCAUAAUUUUGCAAUGUACUGGAUAUCUGAUGAUUUCUCUCUUUCCAUGUUUGAAUCAGCUUCGUCCUUAAUGGAAGUAGGCUUAUCUUGGAAGUUGGCCAUCGGAUGCGUAACCCUAGCUCAGUUCAUCACAUCUCUUCCUAUAGUUGCAAAUGGUUUGGUAGGAUCUAACUAUAGAAUUGGAUUUGCUAUUCAAUCAAGAGCUGCUUUCGGUUGGCACUUUAGUAAGUUGAUUAUUUUAAUGAGAAUGAUUGUUUCGAUUUUUUGGUAUGCGAUACAGUCCUAUAAUGGUGCAAGUUGUAUCUAUGCAAUGACUGUAGCCAUAUGGCCAAGCUUCAAAACAUUGCAUAAUCAGCUUCCCGAAGAUUCAGAUACUAGCACUCAGAUGAUGAUUUGCUUUUUCAUAUACUUCGUUGUUGUGUUACCGUUCUUCUACAUUCCCAUGUCUCUUUUGAGGCAUUUUUUCACUUUGAAAAGUAUCGUAACUCCGAUUGUGGGCUUUGGGAUAAUGGGAUGGUGUAUUCAAGAAGUAAAAAAUAAGGGCCUUUACCAUGAGCUUUGGUCCGAUGACACAAACACUGCAACGGGAUCUGAAAGAUCAUGGUUGUUUUUAAGCGGAAUAUACUCAAAUAUUGGGACAUGGGCUACCAUGGGAGUUAAUUCUCCUGACUUCACACGUUAUGCCAAAUCGAAUUCUUCACAAUACAUAACCAUUCUAACGAUGCCUUGCAUGGCCUGCUUGAUGACAUUUUUAGGCGUUGUCACUGCAAAAGCAAGUCAGGUGAUAUAUGGAACUAUGUUGUGGUCUCCUAUGGAACUCGUAAAUAACUGGACUUCGUCAGGUGGUAGAGCUGCUGCAUUUUUUUGCGGAGUUGCUUGGUUAAUAGCACAGAUUGGUGUUAAUAUUGCUGGAAAUUCUGUUGCAGCUGCUAAUGACAUGAACGCACUAUGGCCAAGGUACAUUAAUAUUAGGAGAGGGCAAAUAAUUACAGCUGUUAUUGGAUCGUAUGCGUUAGUGCCAUGGAAAAUCAUGAAAAGUGGAGCAUCCUUUUUGUCCUUCAUGUCUGGCUAUACUAUCUGGCUAGGGCCAAUAACUGGAAUAUUAAUUUCCGAUUUCUUUUUCAUCCAUAAAAUGAGAUACAAUAUCUGGGAAUUGUACAAUCCAAGUGGGAUUUAUAGAUACGGAAAACUAGGUAUCAAUUGGCCAGCUUUUGUCGCUUUUAAUGUAGGCUGGGUACCACUUUUGCCUGGAUUGUUGCCUAGUGUGAAUUCUAAAUAUGUCAUGCCUGCAGGAAUAAAUCACCUUUAUGCUCUAGGGUACUUUUAUGGGGUUUUGGCAACUAGUGCUGUUUAUGUAGGUUUGUGGAAGCUUUUUCCUAAUAAACAGGCAUUGAUAGACAAAGCAGUUUAUUGUGACGAUAUUGAUUAUGACCCAUUUCCUACUGAUUAUGAUCCCAUGACUUAA